AUGGAAAAUAAAUAAAUUGCACUGAUAGUGCUCUUAUGUUUGAUAGGCGUAUUUAUCUUAAUAAUGAGCUUAAAGUUAAAUAGUUUUUUGAAAUUUAUAGACAAUAAACGAAAAGAUGGAACUUUCUAUAGAAAAUUCAGCGUAUAUUUUUUAGAAUAAAUUAUUCCUUUAAAAAAAAAUUCUGGUUCUCAAUAUACUUAUAUGAAGUUGAAUAAUGAUAAGAUAUCAUAUUAUGAUGAUGAAAGUGAGCAAUUAGUGUAUAAAUUUUAAACUGAUGAAAAUAAUAAUUGGAAAUGUUGUAAAUAUCUUGAAAAGGAUAAUUAAAUUACUAUUUACGAUAUAAAUUCUAAUAAGGAAUAUCGAACUUAAAGUUAAUCAUAAGAAUUAAUAUAUUUUUCUAAUAUUUAGAUGGAUCAAAACCAAACAUAUUAUUAUAAUUACAAAAUCACUUAAUAAGAAUUAAAUAAUGGGAGCAUUGGCGUUUUAGAUGCUUAUCUUAUGUAUUUAAAUCAUUAAAGUUGGAAUCAUUUCUUAUCAAACGAAUUUCGUAAAAUACAAAUAUUAUUUUUACCUUCCAAUAUUUUAGAUCUGAGUUCUAGGAGAAAUAGCUCAGAUGAGGAGAUUUAAGAAAAAAUAAAAUAAAAAUAUGAAGAAUUUUUAUUUUAAUUUUAACCCUUACAUUAUAAAAUAGAAUUGAUAUAUGAAAAAGUGUAUUUCACAUACCAUUGUAAUAAGAAUAUUUACUUUCUUGAAAUUGAUUUUCAGAAGACUGAUUUAUUAUUAAUUCAUCGUAUAUGGUGUAGCAAUAAAAAUUAAGAAUUGUUGAAAAUAAGCAAAAUUUUGGGAUCCAUCCUUUUAAACAAUCCCAAUAUUAGCACUUCAGUAUGUGUCAAUCAUAAUCCGGUUGUUGUUGAGAACCAAGUUCCUGAUUAUUACAAGGGAUGCGAAAUUGCAUACUGGUAUUAUGAAUUUAAAAAUCCAGCGCAUACAUAUAAUGCAGAAAAAGUCCCUGUUUAAUAACUAAAAAGUCAUAUCUAAAAGGAAAUACUAAAGGUAUGA